AUUCUUUUUUAACGAUCACUCUUUCUGAUAAUCCGCCAAACUAAACCUCAAUGUCAACUAAUCUAAUAAGUACUGCCAUAAAUAAUUAACCCAAAAAUUUUAAGAAGAUUUAAUUUACCAAUCUUCUUUGGCACGUCUUCCUAUUCCCAUUCUUGUUUGCGGGAUCUUGGAUACUUUCAAAACCUCUUUAUCUUGAAUAACAACUAUUGGUUGCGGGAUCUUUAGGAGAUGUGGACUUCCAUUGCUAAUUUGAAGGAAAAUUUGAAUAAGAUAACGCUUGACGUGCACAGGGACGACGACGAAGAACUCGAGAUCUACGGUUCGGAGAAUGGGCGCCAUUCGACUUUCUCCGAUAGACGGAAUUCUCAUACAUUUGCACACUCAAAGCCUGUUUCCUUCUCUCCUCUCGCCAGUGGAAUUGAUUCGCCGUUCAAUUCCGAGAUUGGAAGACACAGAGCAGAAAUUAAGAAGCUUCAGGAAUCUGAGGCAGAAAUUAAGGCCUUAUCAGUCAAUUAUGCUGCUUUAUUAAAAGAAAAAGAGGAGCAAAUUUUCAGACUGAACCAAGAGAAUGGCUCAUUGAAACAAAAUUUGAAUGCAACAAAUGCGGCUCCGAGUGCCGCUAGAAGUGAAAUUUCCAAAGUAUCAAAUAAUGGAAUUAAUGCACUCAAGGGAAACGCUGAUCAGUCAGCAAACCGACAGCAUAAGUCAACCAAUUUAGUGAAAAACUGUUAUGCUGGAAACCAAAUGUCCAAUGGUCUUAGCUCUAAACAUGAUGGAAAAGAAAAGGAGCUUGCAGAUUUGCUGGAAGAAAAAACUAGGUCCCUGGAGGCCAUUCAAGCUAGUCAUGAAUCACAAAUAAAGCAAUUCAAGAUGGAACUUGAAAAAGAGCAUGAUAAAUUAGUGAACGUACAGAUAAGAUUACAAGAGGAGCACAAGCAGAAUGAGUCUUUUCAGGAGGAGCUUAAGUUACUGAAAUCAGACAAGGAUAAACGCUCUGCAGAGUUGAGCAAAAUAUGCAAUGAAUCGAAUAAGAAAACAAUAGAAAUAAAUUGUCUACAAAAGGAGUUGAAUAGAUGGAAGGAUGAAAGUUCUGAUGAUUCAAUGGAGAAUAUGAAAAGAUUGGUUGCCACCUUGGAGAAGGAAAACACUCAUCUUAAGAUGAUGAAGAAUGAAUUGGAGGCUGCUCUGGAAAGUAGCAAGAAAGCUUCAACUGACAAGAUUGAUCCCAUUCCUUCAGAGAAUCUGGUGUUCCAUUUUAUCAAAAUUUUUUAAAGUGUAUACCAGAAGGUAGAUUCACCUGGAAGUUCUCCCGGAAAGAAAGAAACAGAACUAUCAUUGCAGAAAUUGGAAAAAGAUCUGAAAGAAACAUGCUGUGAAAGGGACAGAGCUUUGCAAGAACUGACUCGUCUUAAGCAGCAUUUGUUAGAAAAGGCAACUGAAGAAUCGGAAAAAAUGGAUGAAGAUAGCAAAGUUAUUGAAGAACUUCGUGAGAGAAAUGAAUAUCAAAGAGCUCAAGUUGCACAUUUGGAGAAAGCCCUGAACAUGGCAAUGGCAAAUCAGGAGGAAGUUAAGCUGAUGAAUAACAAUGAAAUUCAGAAGUCAAAGGAAAUUAUUGAUAAUCUGAAUAAGAAACUUACGAACUGUAUGAGAACAAUAGAUGCAAAAGAUGUUGAGCUACUAAAUCUUCAAACUGCCCUAGGUCAGUACUAUGCUGAACUUGAAGCCAAGGAACAUUUGGAGCGAGAUUUGGCUCUGGCAACAGAAGAAUCAGCUAGACUUACAGGUCUUCUGAAUGAUGCAGAUGAACAUGCAGAAUUCUCAAAGAGGGAGAAGGAAGAAAUUCUGACAAAGCUUUCACAAACUGAAAGAAUGCUAGCAGAAGGGAAAAUCAGAGUAAACAAGCUCGAGGAAGAUAAUGGAAAGCUAAGGCAUGCUCUCGAGCAGAGCAUGACAAGGCUUAACAGAAUGUCAAUGGACUCUGAUUUUCUUGUUGACAGGCGUAUCGUGAUCAAACUACUUGUGACCUACUUCCAGAGAAACCACAGCAAAGAGGUUCUGGAUCUUAUGGUCCGGAUGCUGGGAUUCUCUGAUGAAGACAAGCAGAGGAUAGGUGUUGCUCAACAUGGUCCUGGCAAAGGAAUUGUUCGGGGUGUUUUGGGUCUACCUGGUCAUUUGGUUGGUGGCAUUUUGGGUGGCAGUCCAGCUAACACACUGACAAAUAUGGCCUCUGAUAACCAGUCUAUUGCAGAUCUGUGGGUUGAUUUUUUGCUUAAGGAAACUGAAGAAAGAAAAAAGAGGGAAUCUGUAGAAGAUGUCAGUAGAUCCAGGGAAGACCUUCAUGAAAGAAAUCCGAACACUGCAGGACCCAGUUCAUUUGUAUCUGAACAAACAACUGCUGUUUCUGAUGUCUCGAGAUCUAGUUUCUCUCUAAGCCCUUUACCAUCACAAGGAAGUUUUCAGCAACUUGAACAUUCUGAUUCUGAAUUCUCAACUGUUCCCCUCACCUAAUCAGAGAGUAGCACUCGUCUAUCAAGACUACUGCCAAAAUACUGAAGUUUUUUAUUGGAUGAUGUAAUUAUUCAAAGGUAUAGUUCUUUAUCCAUGCUGUAGCCAUGAUCAAACUCACUUCCAUCAAUUCUUUCAUAUACUUGAAAUGAGAAGAUAUCCUAACAUUGUUCAGUGCUCCAUGCAUAAA